GGAGGCGGCUGGGCUGGGCUCUGCUCGGCUUGUGUCCGGCGGAGUUGACGGAGUCAGCGCGGUGUCCCUCACAGUUGCCGUCCUGCGGCGGAUAUGUGGGAACGGGUUUAGGGCUGGGCUCGAUUCAGCCCUAAACCUUAUUCGGAGUCAUGCGGACGUUAGGUGUCUUCAAACUGCCACCGAGCUGCAACAGGAACUCCGAAAUCCAGCACUCUGACGGGUUGUGACUCAGACCAAGAGCUCUGGACUAAUCUGUGCCAUGAAGACCAAGAAAUCUCAAGUAGUUGGGCCAAGCUCACCUGCCUGUCAACCAAAGUCUCGCUUCACCUUACGAAGUAGAAAGAAGAAGGAGAGGUUGAUCCGAGGCAAGCUUCGCAUCCGCUCCAUGCCUGGAGCGUUCCUAGUGCUUGGCGUGGUUGUGGUGGUUGUUGGCACUGCUCUGGCUGUGGCAGGAUACUGGCCCUAUCAGAUAUCAAGGUCGUCCAUCCUGGGAGCUGCAGAUGGGGAAAGCGCCUCUGAAUCACAGACUUCUGGCUGGAGUCUGGGACCCAAGGGCUUCCUGUCCACAGCCAGUCUCAUUCACAGUGAGAGGAUGAAGCUGUUGGGACCAGUCAUCAUGGGGGUGGGUCUCUUCAUCCUCAUAUGUGCCAACACUGUCCUGUAUGAAAACAGGGACAGAGAGACUCAGAUGCUGCUGGCCCAGAUGCGCAGUGUUAUCUGCUCCGUGUCUGCGGCUGUGCCUUCAGCUGACCUUAAAGAAAUAGCAGCAGCCAAUUCGAUGGCCAAACACUACCAGUGGGUUAGCAGUCUACCAGCUGCCCAUCUCAACAUUCUCUGUCUGCAGCAGCUGGCCACCUCUGAGCCCCUGCUCCAGAGCAGAAGCACCGUAGACCAGGAGCACAGCAUGGAGGGUUUCUACCAGCAAGCUGUUCUUCAAAUGGAAGGCCUCCACCACCAGGAGUCAAAGCCUCCGUGUUCCGCCAAAGCUUCCCUCUCCAGCUCAUGCAAUUCUAGUCAGACUGACUUUAAUGCACAGCUGGGUGCUAAAUGUGAAGAGAGAGCCAGCUGCAGUUCACACACUGGCCCACUUGUUAAGACUAAUGUGUGCCUGGUAUCUGCAGGCUCCAUGUCCACCUUAGGGGUGGAUGAAGUUGAUGUCCCAGCUGCUCAACCAAGGCGCUGCCACAGUAUGAGCUACAGGACUAAGCCUUACACAAAGCGAACUGGUAGGUGUAUGGAGAGAGAGCACAUUCAGGCAAAUCAGCUCGAAGUCACUCGUAUGGAGGCGAGCUCACAGGUUUGUGUAAACGUUCUUGGACAGGUUGCCGAUUCUGCAGAGCAGACUCACCAAAGCUGGCCUCGGCUAGAUCUGGGCAACGGCAGACGAUACCUGAAACUGGAGAACAAAGAAGACUCUGUGGAAAAACUGCUGGACCAGUUGGAGCACCAGUGCUCUCAGGGGGAUACAAGUUUUGGAUCUGGGCCUUUCCAGUGAUGGCUGCAAACCCAGAAUGGAAUAUUGAUAUCUCGAUUUGAUUUUAGUUUUCACUUCUGUGCAGGGCAGAGAAUAACCGAGCCCAGGAAUAUUUGGAGUACGGCAUUUCUAUGAAGGAUUUGUUGAGCUCUUUCCCAAGCUUCAGUGGAGUAUUGAUACACAGCGUUUGCUUGGCUGGAUGUGGCAGAUGUUUUCUAUCAUUCAAGGAGAUGAACAGUAUACAUCCCCUACACUGAUGCAGCUGAGUGGAUCACAGUGUUUACUUCUGCUGUUUGGGUUGGCAGCAUUGCAAUAAAUCAACUUGUAUGUUGCCAAAAUGUGUUUGCCUGUUUCUGGAACACAGCAUGCACGGCCCAGUAAAAGGAGAGAGAGCAGGACGAGAGACUGUUUACACUGUGCAGUCAGUUCAGAACCAAACUACUCGGACUCCGGAGUCCAUAAAGAGAAAUGCAACCAGUGUAUAAACAUGGGACUUUUUUUCCCUAUUCCAAAUGCAAUGCAUGGCAGUGAUGUACAAUAUGCAAUAUGUUGCAUCUCAAUUCUUAUGCAAGUGAUGUCAUUGUUGGUUUUAUAUGCGUAAGUAGUAACAAAUGGUUAUUCUGAUUUAAAACAACUUGGAUCUUAUUCUCGUGUGUGUGUGUGUGUGUGUGUGUGUGUAGAUAGAUUUCCUACAGAAUCAGUCAUGAUAACAUUGUACCAAACAUCAGAAGACCAGCAGUGUCAGCCUGUACUUCAUGUUUGCUGUUCUAGUGUGUUACAUUAAGCACAUCCCUGAUAGCUUCAAAAUGGACCUUUAAUGGUAAAAAACUGCAACAAAGAGACGACGCCCGAUCCAAAUCCUGCAGCUGCAGCUGAUGACUGUUGACUAAUUUUCUGUUAUUUUAGCUACUCCAUAAAAUGCAAAACAUAACAUUUUAAUUACAUGUGUCUUCAUUAAGGUAAAGUACAUCAGUUUGAUGUCUCGUUAUUUACCUUUUAGAGCAGUUCACAAACAUUUAAUAAUGGUUUAUAACCCACGUUAAUCCACAUUAACAUUUAGCUAUGGCUGCUUGGGACUAUAAGAUAUUGUGUUAAAUGAUUGUGUAUGAAAGCAAAGUGCUACUAAUUUAGUAACUAGUCUGUCUGAUCAUUUGGUUAGUGUUUUUGUCAUGACUAAAAAUGGUGACCAAACCUAUGACAAUAAGAUCCAAGUUAACAAAAAGAUUAUUGAAGGAAGAAUUGUUUGUUGUGCUUCUCCUGGUGAAUGCAGUAUCAUCUUGUAAUGAAUACAGGGAUGCCCCCUUCUUCUGGUGCCCAGUCGACUCUUUCAUAGUGUGCCCAGUAUUUAUGAGGAGGGUGACCGAGCCCCCACACAUCUUCCACUCUCAUCACAUCAUCCUUUGAUCAAUGGACUGAAUGGACAAGGCAACCCUGCGACUCCACUUAGAUUUAGUAAGGUUGCUGUUACUGCAUACAGCUGGGUGCGUGUCAUAGAGGAAGAAGACGAUGAAUUACAGUCUCCUGGGCCCUCCUUAUGUGCAGAUGUGCAGGGGCCAUCGCUCCGUGUUCCAUAUUUGAAUCAACACUACUCUGGUUUUCUUUUUGUCUGUGCUGCCUGUUCUGUAUGCCACAUGUGUCUACAUGCAUACCAAGCAAUAUGUGCGGUCUGGCAGAACAAUCACUGACUGCCUUGCCCUGUGCUGGACACCAAAUUAUAUAACAUUGCCAUUCCCGUGUUACAAAUA